CUUUAAGGAGGUGCAUAUAAUACACAGAGCAAAGGGGGAAAAGCAUUUAUUAACACCCACAAAGAAAAAUAAAGACUGCACUGUUAAAAAGGCAGGAGAUUAAAAAUCCAGAGUUUUUUUUAAAGAUGGCCAGUGCUCCUAUACCACUCACUAAUGUGAGAAGUGGCUACACAAUCGUCACUCAAGUUGUUCCCUCAUCAACAGUUCCAGCUGCAGCAGAACAAAAUUCAUCUCAGACUCAAAGCCCACUGCAGAAAUUCCUGAAAGGAGAACCUAAAGUGCUGGGUGCUGUCCAAAUAAUGAUUGGUUUGUUGACCAUAUUGUUUGGUAUCGUGAUGGCGGUCCCUGCUUGGAGCAUCAGCGUGUUCUCUGGAGUUGUGUUCUGGGGCUCACUGUUUCACAUCAGCGCUGGUUCUCUGGCUGUUUUAGCGAGCAACAAGCUUAAUGCCUGUGUGGUGAAGGCCACUAUGGUGCUGAAUAUCUUUAGCACGAUAGCUGCAGGAAUCGCCAUCAUCAUGCUUUCUAUAGAUUUUUUGAUGCAUCCUUACUGCUACUCCUAUGAUUACCAUUAUGGAUGCAGAGUUGGCUACGUUGCACAGAGCCGUACCAAUGGAAUCAGUGGAGUUCUGCUGGUUUUCUCUCUGCUCCAGUUUGCCGUCUCUAUUGCAGUUUCAGCCUUCACUUGCAAAGCCACCUGCACCAAUCAACCUACUCUGAACAUUAUCAAUGUGGUUCAGAACCCAGAGAGUGGUGUUUCUGUGGUCAGUUCCAUCCCAGCUUAUCAGGCACAACCGGGAGUCAGUACAAUGGGUGCUGGUGCCAUGAGCGCUCCACCAAUGGAAAAUCCUCCAGCAUACUGUGAGAAAGGCGAGGCAUACAACUGAGGAUGAUUUUAGAAAUUAUUCUUGUUAAUAAUUUGAACAUUUUUCACUUAACUCAAGAUAAUCAUCUCACACUCCAGAACUAACUACACGUCUCUGUGUUUACUUUAAUAACUAAUCACACAUUCAAUAAAAAGUGUACAUUAAAUACCUAUUUACAGAUCAGUAUAUAUUAUGUACACAAAGAUUUCAAAAUGCUUCGAAAAACUUUCUUAAAAAGUACAGCAAUAUUAAUCAGCUUUCACUAGUAUUCACAGCUGUGCAAAUUUGUUUUAAAAAUAUUAAUUACUUUUUUUUAUAAUUUCUUUUGUUUUUGCUGAACAAUUAUUUACUCUUUUGAAUCAAAUUUUUGCCAAAACCAAAGAAGGAAUAGAUAAAUAAAUAAAUAAAUAAAUAAACACCACAGCUCUGUGAAAUUAUGGAUCCUAAUUGGUCAGAAGGUGUUAAUUACUCUUUUAGAACAGCAGUUUUGAAACAAGUGUUGGUUUAAUAUGAACAGGUUUGUACUGAUAUAAAGUCUGUAAUAAAGUCUGAUGACAUCUAUAGAAAAUAA